GGAGAGAGGAGGCUGUGCCAGUCCCGCGCCCUCCCAGGGGGCCGGAGGAGGAGGCAGGCGACAGCUGCAGGCCUGGCGGGAAGAUGCGGUGGCCCUGGGCCCUUGCGCUGCCGCUGCUGCUCCCCUGGAUGGCAGGUGGACUGGAGAAGGUGGCCAGUCCAAGGGGUCACGGGUUGGCGGCCCUCCAGCCCGGGCUCUGUCGCUAUGGAACCAAACUGGCCUGCUGCUAUGGCUGGAGAAGGGGCAGCAAAGGAGACUGUGAAGCUACAUGUGAAGCUGGCUGCAAGUUUGGUGAGUGUGUGGGACCAAAUAAAUGUAGAUGCUUCCCAGGAUACACCGGGAAAACCUGCAGUCAAGAUGUGAAUGAGUGUGGAGAGAAACCCAGGCCAUGCCAACACAGAUGUGUGAACACACACGGAAGCUACAAGUGCUUUUGCCUGAGUGGUCACAUGCUCAUGCCGGAUGCCACAUGUGCCAACUCGAGGACAUGUGCCAUGACAUACUGCCAGUACAGCUGUGAAGACACGGAGGAAGGACCACAGUGUCUGUGUCCAUCCUCGGGACUCCACCUGGCCCCAAAUGGAAGAAUUUGCAUUGAUAUCGAUGAAUGUGCUUCUGGCGAAGCUGUCUGCCCCUACAAUCGGAGAUGUGUGAACACAUUUGGAAGCUACUACUGCAAAUGUCAUGUUGGUUUUGAACUGAAAUAUAUCGGUGGCCGGUAUGACUGUGUAGAUAUAAAUGAAUGUGCUGUAAAUACCCAUACGUGCAGCCUCCACGCCAAUUGCCUUAAUACCCAAGGAUCCUUCAAGUGCAAGUGCAAGCAGGGAUAUAAAGGCAGUGGACUUCAGUGUUCUGUUAUCCCUGAAAAGUCUGUGAAGGAAGUCCUCAGAGCACCUGGUACCAUCAAAGACAGAAUCAAGAAGUUGCUUGCUCACAAAGACAGCAUGAAAAAGAAGGUAAAAAUAAAAAACAGCAUAGAAUCUGCUGGGACUCCUGGCCCGAAGGGUAACUUGCAGCCCUUUGACUCUGAAGAGAGUGUUUCCAGAGAUGGGGACCCAGAUGGAGGGAAAAGGAAGAAUGAGGAGAGAGAGGAAGAGGGGCUGGAGGAAGAGAAAAGAGAGGAGACAGCCCUGAAGAACCACAUGGAGCAGGAACGAAGCCUUCGGGGAGAUGUGUUCUAUCACUUUUGAAGCAAAACCUGACAAAGGCAAAACCGGAGAGAUUGCUGUAGACGGUGUCAUGCUGGUGUCAGGCUAAUGUCCUUGGUGGCCUUUUUAUCAGUGGAUGCUGGGAUGUUACUGUUGUCUUUUAUAUUCUUAUAUUUGACUUUUAACGUCAAUUCUCUGUUUUUUGAUAUGAUGUCAUAGAUGCCCCUCCAUUUAAAAAAUACAAACUGAAAAAUUGUAAUGUACCAUUAGAAACAUUAUUGUAAGCUGCCUUUCUUGUAUAGAUGCAUCAUCACAUGCUUUAAAUUCAUUUCUGAAUUGAUAAAAUGUGGAAAUGUCAGUUCAGCUUUUCCUCCCAAUAUAUUUUACAUUUCUACAUGAAUUGAUGAACCUCUCUAUACAACAUUUCUAGAAUUACCAAGAAAAAAAAAAAGCACAGAUAAAUGUUUAAUUGUGUGACUUUUAGAGCACUUCUUGGAAACCAUGACAUCACAGAUAGACUUACCUAAGUUGCUUAGCCUGAUCUUUUAUAGCCAAACUUGUAUGUUUAAAUUCUUUGUACUAAUAUCCAAAUAAUCACCUUGUGCCAUGGUUUGUUUUUCUAAGUAAGAAAAUGUGCUAAUUUUAUUUUAUGUUGAGUUAUGUGUAUGAUUAUUUGCUUUGUGGAAAUGUGGUUUUUAUUCUUUUCUCUAUGGAAAUACUUUAUUUUCUUAAAAGUACUUUCUAUUAUGGGAACACAUGGCUGCUUAUUAGGCUUCAUAAUUGCAAUGCAAAUUAGCAUAAUUUGUUGAAUUCAAGGCCUCAGAGAACCUAAAACUAAGUUAAGCAAGUAGCAAGAUUAAAAAAAAAAAAAAAAAAAAAAAGAUGGAUACCCUCUUUUCUAUUUAAUAUCUUUCUUCCAAAUCCAGUAACAGCUUUGUAUGGUAAUGAAUUCUCUGAGGAUGAAAGGAUACUCUGCUUUAAGAUUCUCAGUCACAAAUAUCUCCAAGAUAGCUCCCAAAUAGAAAGUUCUCCAGAUAUUUUCUUGCCUUCCCCUAAAAGCAAUGAAGGCAUUGGGCCAUAAGAGUAAGGAAAGAGAGAAGGUGGCCCACUUAUUAAUCUUUAAAAUUUGUAGUCUCACUCUCCAACUUUUUUUAUAUUGAAACUCUUGUGGGGUGGGGGGUAGAGGAACACAUUAUUUUUCUUUGGUGUGCAGUAAUUUUGGCACACAAGGUCUACACAGGACUGUAGCUGUGUCUGUUUGAGAACUGGUAGUUAUAGAAACCAUCAACACAGUUUUUCUAGUGAGACCAGUUGAAAACCUGCCCCAGCUAUGUCAAAGCAGCCCACAGAAUUAUGAGAGAGAAUAAAAUGGUUAUUUUAAGACAUUGAAAUUUGGAGUGGUUUGUUACACAGCAAAAGCUAACUGUUACAUGUGGUUUCAAAUACUGGUGUAGAAUCCGAAGAAGACUUUCUAUCUAUUCAGUGAUCAAGGAAAUUUGAGACCAUAGUUGUGCCUUAGAAUAAAAGAUAGGGGGGAGAAUUUGUAAUAAAAGAUAGUGUCCCAGUGAUCCAGAUUAAAGGAAGAGAUACCCUAGCCAGUUUGACUCGGUGGAUAGAGUGUCAGACUGCAGACUGAUGGGUCCCAGGUUCAACUCUGGUUAAGGGCACAUGCCCAGGUUGCAGGCUCAAUCCCCAGUAGGGGGUGCGCAAGAGGCAGUCAAUCAAUGGUUCUUAUCAUUGAUGUUUCUAUUUCUCUUUCUCCCUUCCUCUCUCAAGUCAACAAAAAAUAUUUUUGAAAUGAAGAAAGAGAUGUUGAACCAAAAAUGAAAUAGGGAGGCCUAUGAAUCAUGUUAUGCAUGGAUAAAAACAAUGCAUAAAGCUAAUAUUUCAUGUUUCUCUAAUUUGUGUAGCAGAGACUUCUAGUUAUAUAUUCAGUAUCCAUUCUCACCCUUUCCCUUACUAAUGUAACCAUCCUAUAUAAUAAAAGCCUAAUAUGCAAA